GGUCUGGGGGCCCUGAACUCUGGACCACAGCUGAGCAGGGGAAAUAAACAAGCGGAGUAUAAAUAGCGUCCAGAGCGGACGGGUGCGGACUGGACGCGUUGGGGCAAGGAGUCGGAGCAGCUGCACACCUGGGCAGAGCGGCACCGAGCCGGGCCAAGCCAAGCGCGGCGCAGGGAGCGAAAACCUCCACAAUGUGGAGAGGCCUGGGACUUGCCCUGGCUCUCUGUCUCCUCCCCUUUGGAGGAACAGAGAGCCAGGUGCAAAGUGUCCGGUGCAAAGAAGCUCCAAAAUGGCACAUACGGGAUCAAGAUCCGAUGCUGAACUCUCUGGGUAGAGUGACUGUGGUUGCUCUCCUCCAAGCCAGCUGAUAUUUGUGCGUUCUGCAGGCCUCCAGAUUGGAAGACCUGCGAGUGAAAUUGGAAACAGAAGGAUUUUCCAAUAUCUCAUACAUUGUUGUCAACCAUCAAGGAAACCCAUCUCAAUUAAAUUUCAAAGAGCUAAAAGGGAAGGUUUCAGAGAAUAUUAUUGUUUAUCAACAAGAAGAAAAUCAAAAAGAUGUCUGGACUACAUUAAACGGCAACAAGGAUGACUUUCUCAUAUAUGACAGAUGUGGCCGUCUUGUGUAUCAUCUUGGUUUGCCUUAUUCCUUUCUUAUUUUCUCAUAUGUGGAAGAAGCCAUUAAAAUUGCUUACUGUGAAAAAAGCUGCGGAAACUGCUCAUACACGACUCUAGAUGAUGAAGACUUUUGUAAGAAUGCAUCUUUGGUAACUGAGGAAGAAACAACUACAACCCCUCAGCCUCACCCCCACCACCAUCACCACCACCAUCACCACCACCAUGACCACGACCACCAUCACCAUGACCACGACCACCACCACCACCGCCAGCAUCACAGGCAUGGGCACAAGCCUUCAGAGAAUGAGAAAUCCGAAGGUUCUGAGACAGCUGUUGAUGCUCACUCUCUGAGAGGUCUUCAUCAUCACCAUGAGCCUACACACCACCAGCACAGGCACAAAGAUUACCCAGGGAGCCAGGAAAAUCCAGAGAUCAGGGUUUUGGAGCUUUCUGUUCCAAGAAAGAAACUCUGACGCAAGAGAGUUUCUGGUUGUGCAAACCAGUUACUCUGAAAUUUGUCCCAAGGGUCAGAGUCAGCUCUUGAGAGCUGCUGCUGCCAUUGUCGACAUUUGAUAUUUGAACGUUUAGGCAAUUCAGUCACUUGACAGUGUAAAGGCACUACCCUUCCUUCCUCAUGUAGCUGACAGGGGCAACGGGCGGAGGAAAACAUCACUGAAUCUUGACAGUGACGUUCGCCUCCAGCUGCCUGAUACGCUGGUCAGCAGCUUGAGCCCACAGAAGCUACCACUGUUUGAAAAUGAAAAACUAAGACAGGAAGUUGAAAAUGAUCUCCAAAUUAAACUUUUUAAACGUGAAAAAAGAAACCCUCUAAGUCUGGACAUGAUUCCACUGCCAGCUAGUUGGUAGUGAAAAUAAAUUUGUUUUUUUUUAAAUUUUAAUAUUUGUCUAUUUCACAAACUGCCCAAUUAAUAAAAAAGUGAUCUUAAAUUAGAAUUAAAGUUGUGAAAAGAUUUUAAAAUUAGAACUUUAAUCAUUCAAGUGACUACUAUAUUGGCUUCCAAAAUGAGAAUUUCCUGCCAAAGAAACUGUGACCCAAUUUUCAGUGCCAACCAAAAGGUGACUGCAGCAUCUGGUUAAUAUGUCUUUCUUGUUUCUCUUCCUGUGUUCUGUUUGCAUUAAUGAAGAGAGAAGCUGAAACUAUAACCUAGGGGCUUCUGUUGGAUAAUUUGCAAUUCAGAAUGGAAGAAAAACAAAAAAAACAUACUUACCUUAUUUUAUAUUACUUUUCUCUUUAUAGAUCUUUUUUAAUGCUACUUUUUCUAAGCUAAGAAAUUAAAGAAUCACACCUCAUAGUUCAAGGUGCAAGAGCACAAUGCAUGUUAACUUUGCUUAAAAAAUGUAUAUGAAACCACAUUACUUUAAAACAACAGUUUUUUAUUGUUGUGCAUUUUUGUAGUUUAACUCAUCUAUUUGAUUUUGGAGAGUUAGAUGUAGGAAUAAGACUUUUGCAAUGUCUUGUCUUCUUUAUUUAGUCCUGUAUCAUACUGAUCAAACAUUUGAGAGUAUUUCUUUAGAAAGGCCUAGAAAUGAGAGAAUAAAAGACUGGCAUCUUAUUAGCAGGUUGCUUAGAAAGUGUUCCCAUAGUCAAUGAUGGUUCAGUAGGUAAAUUUACUUCUAUGGACCUGAACUCUUUUAUGGUUAAUACUAAUAAGCAAGAAUGGCAACUGGAACUUGAAAAUCUGAUAAUUGUAUGGGAUUGUAAAAAAGAUGAACAAACUCUCAAUAAAACAAAAUUUAAGUUUU